GGAGGUUUCUGGAGACGAUUGAGAGCAGUUUCGCUAUUGGCUCACCUGGGUUUAUGUCUUAGGCGGUGAUUGGGCCCUGCGUUUCGCGCGCUGUGAUUGGCUGACCGGUUCGGCCGCGAGGUUUGAAACAAGCACGGUUCAUUCGGAGGCAGGAGAGGUAUCGGGACGGUCGGUUUUUUUGCGGGGCUCGUAGAGGAAGUGGGGGCACCGGGCAGACGGAGCCGGUAAGAGCAAUCGGUUGCUAUGGCCCAAGGACUUGAAUCUCCAGUGGGACUGUUUUCAGAUGAAGAAGCUGUUGUCUCCCCUGUACUGGAAUCCACAGUGGCAGACUGUGGGGCUGGCUUGUGCAGAGCUCUUCUACCAGAUUUCUCUGCCAUCUCAACAGCACAAGCGCAGGCUGCUUCUGAUGCCAAUGGGAAAGUGAAAGUCUAUGCAAGAGUGCGGCCUCUGAAGCCAACAGAGAUGGAGAAGCAAGAAGAUCAAGGCUGUGUCUACAUUGAGAAUGGUGAGACGCUUCUUCUCAAAGCACCAAAAGAUUCCUUCACCAUGAGAAACACAGAGCGAGGCAUUGGUCAGGCCAUACAUAAAUUCACUUUCUCACAGAUCUUUGGACCAGAGGUGAGCCAAAAGUCUUUCUUCGAUGCAACAAUGAAGGAUGUGGUAAAGGAUGUGCUCAGUGGGCAGAACUGGCUUGUUUACACCUAUGGAGUCACUAAUUCAGGGAAGACAUAUACUAUCCAAGGAAGUGGUGCUGAUGGGGGAAUCCUCCCCCGUUCCCUGGCCAUCAUAUUCAACAGUAUUGGGACACAAAUGUACCAAGCCACAGACCUGAAGCCCUUCCUCUCAAGUGAGGUAACCUGGCUAGACAGCAAGCAAGUUCGUCAGGAGGAAAUAAAAAAGCAGGCUUUGAUAUGUGGCAGGAUGAAAGAAGAGGAGCACUUUAUCUCUCUGAACAAGAGUUGCAGCACAGCAUCACAAGCAGCCACAAGUGGCAGCAUUGACAGUGGCAUUGGUGGUUUCUCGUCUGCCUCCCAGUCUGCCAGUCAGUUGGAAGAGACAGGUCCACACUGGUCUGACCCGGAUCAUGUAUCAUUGCUGGUUCAAGAGGAUGUGCGAUUUUCCAUCUGGGUUUCCUUCUUUGAGAUCUACAAUGAGCUGAUUUAUGACUUGCUGGACAUGAGUGUGCAUGGGCCAAAUCGCAAGAGGCCCACGUUGCGGUUAUGUGAGGAUCAAACAGGCAACCCCUACGUCAAAGAUCUCAACUGGAUCAACGUUCAAGAUGCUGAUGAAGCCUGGAGACUAUUGAAACUCGGUCGGAGAAAUCAAAGUUUUGCUAGUACUCAUAUGAACCAGAACUCUAGCCGCAGCCACAGCAUCUUCUCCAUUCGAAUUCUGCAUCUUCGGGAAAGCAGCGGUGAAAUGGUACCCAAGAUCAGUGAGCUGUCACUGUGUGAUCUGGCUGGCUCAGAGCGCUGUAAAGAACAGAGAGUUGGGGACCGCUUGAAAGAGGCAAAUAAUAUCAACACAUCUUUGCACACAUUGGGGCGCUGCCUCACAACACUGCGCCAGAACCAGCAGUCCAGGGUGAAGCCAAAGGUUGUGCCCUUUCGAGAUAGCAAGCUAACCCGUGUGUUCCAAGGUUUCUUCACUGGCCGUGGGCAAUCCUGCAUGAUUGUUAACAUCAACCCAUGCGCAUCGUCAUAUGAUGAAACCUUAUAUGUGGCUAAAUUCUCUGCUGUUGCCAGCCAGCUCAUACAGGCUCCUUCAAAGGUGGGACUUCUGUCCAUCCAGUCUCUUAUCAAGGAGCAUGGCAUUCAAGCUAAUAAAGUCCCCAUGGCUGAAGAAACAGAACCUGAUAAAGAUAGUGAGGAUGAAACAGAUGUGACUGUGUAUGACAAAGAGGCCCUAGUACACAUGGUUGAGGCUGUUAAAGAACUGUUGAUAAAAGAGCGUCAGGAUAAGCUUCAGCUAGAAAUGCGUCUCCGUGAUGAGAUCUGCAAUGAGAUGAUGGCACAGCUCCAACAGAAGGAACAAUGGACCAGUGAUUAUGUGGAUGCACAGAAGGAGAUACUGGAGGACUUGUAUGAAGAAAAACUGAACAAUCUGAAGGAGUCAUUGACAGAUUAUUAUCUGGAGGAGAUUGAGAAUAGGGAUGAAAAGAUCAGAAAUUUAGAAGCUGCCUUGCAAGAUGCAAAAGGGCAACAAGAAACCCAGGAGAAAAAAAUGCAAGAGGGGGAGGAGACCCUGCGCAGGUCCAAGCGAGUGGCAUCUAACUCGCAACAGGACAUGCAGCAGAUGAAAACCAAGUUAGAGCAAUGCCAGUCAGAGCUGAGAACUGCUACUGAAGAGUUGCGUAAGUACCGGAAGAUGCUGGAGCCACCACCUUCUGCAAAGCCCAUCACUGCUGAUGUGGACCGGAAGCUAGAAGAAGGUCAAAAGAAUGUGAGGUUGCUGCGAUCUGAGCUGUUGCAGCUGGAGCAGUCACUCCAGUCAGCUGAAAGAGCCUGUUGUCACAGCACAGCUGCUGGGAAACUUCGUGAGACCCUCUCUAAGUGUGAUAGCAUCUUGGUAAAGCAGGGCCAGACUUUGGCUGAACUUCAGAACAACAUGAUGCUUGUGAAGCUAGACAUGCGGAAGAAAGCAGCCUGUAUCGCAGAGCAAUAUCAAACAGUACAGAAACUGCAAGCAGCAGCACCUGCACUUCCACCCUCUUCUGCCAAAAAACGCUUCUGUGCCAACAGUGAAAACAUGCAACCUCGAAGCCAGCCUCCUAUCAAGAAACCUUUCUUGCACAACUUCUUGACUCGCUCAACAUCCCGGCCUGCUGUAGCAGCAGAGAGCCCCUACAGUCGUAUCUUGCGUAUCCGAAAGUCUCCAUCAUUCAAAACCAUCACUUUUGGAAAAAAUUGAAAGCCUUUUAGGUUGUGCCACCACUACAUUUAAUGGGUUAGGUCCAGACAGAGCUAUAAUUUUACAGAACCCAUUGGAACUUAAGUCCCAUUGAUUUCAGCAUAUUUCCUAUGAACAUGGCUAAGUGUGAAUGCAGCCCAAUGUCUAAAUAAAAAAUAAUAAUUAUGAUCUAAAUCAAAGUGUUAUUUUCCCAUUAAACAAAUGUAGUCAAUGGAACUCAUGUAACCCAUUGAUUUAGUGGGUCUACUCUACUCUCAUUGGAGUAGUUGGAACUAAGACUGAUUUAGGUUAAGGGGAGGGAAUCAGACAGUCCUCCAGAUGUUGGAGUACAACUUCUGCCAUUCCAUAUUAUUGGCCAUGCUGCCCAGAGCUGCAGUAAACAUUUGGAGGGAUGCAUGAUUUUCAUCCUGAUUUAAAAUAUUUAGUGUGUUGGAUUCUGAACAUACUGCAAAUCUUUGUUUUUCCAAAGAUGGUUACUAUGCAUGUCUUCUCAUCAAUUCAGGCCAGCUGCUAUUCCAGUGUAUAUGGAACCUGGAUUUAUAAUCUUUGUCUUGUUUUCCAGACAGAUGUAUGUUUCUGCAUGCUAUAUAUAUAUAUAUGUAUUCAUAAUCUGUGUUAAAUGCAUAAUAAAAUAUGUUUUCUAUUUU